GCCACAAUCAAACUCAUUUGAGCACAGCCCAUCCCAUCACCGCCGUCCACCACCCGACGCCGCCGCCACCGCCCCAAUAGGUUCGGAUAAAAUUAGAGAACCCGCUCAUGUUUUUUGGCACCCCUACACCGGAUCGCCAUGAUCCAAUAAAUGUGAGAUAGGUAAAUCCAGUGUGGGAAGCAAUGCCUUUAAUGCUUGCAUGCCGCGGAAUUCCAAAUUCGCCGAACCAACCGAGGUGGUAAUAAAAAUUGCAGCGACCGACUGGCGACGACAUUAUUACAAGCAUCUGGUAGGCGCCCACCGUAUACUUCUGGACUCUCUCUUACAGCCAAGAAACAAGUUGGUGUCCACUGAGAAUAAGGGGGUGGCGCAGAUUCCGCCGGAACCCUUGGAAGGUUUUUCUUCCUUGCGGGGUGAGAUUUCUCAUUUCCUAGCGCUUGGCCGCGUCAAUCGUGUCGAUUUAGGCUACGUCCUGCUCAAAUCCUGCUACUAAACAGCCACUGGGAUGUGGUUAUGAUCUCAAUCGAGGCAAUCUGGUAAUCCUUAGACUGUUCUGCAGUGUGAUUUUUGCGAGCCAGAACAGUGGUGUACAGUCUAAUUCUCCGAUAAUGGACUGGGGCAUCUGGGGAGAUUUUUCUUAGAUCUAAAUCCAAAUUAUGAUGGAGAAUUAGGUUUAACUGACUCCGACUGAGCAGUUUUAUUUUGGUUAGCGAAGAUACCGGAUGGGCUGUUUGUUUUCUUGUUGCCAUCCAUGCCGGAGAGAGACGAGCAGAAGGAUCGACGAUAGCAGAAAUGGUCAUGCUGAAUCAUUGGAGCACAGGAAAAACCAGUCUAUGGAUGGGGGAGUUGCUGACUGUGUGGUUUCCUUCACCUUCAAGGAUCUUGCAAAUGCCACUCAAAAUUUUAAGGAGUCCAAUUUGCUUGGGGAAGGAGGCUUCGGAAAAGUCUACAGGGGGAAACUAGAAUCAGGCCAGGCCGUAGCAAUCAAGCAGCUGAAUCUUGAAGGGCUGCAGGGAGCCAAAGAGUUCUUGACUGAGGUUCUCAUCUUGGGCACUCUGCAGCAUUCAAACCUUGUUAACUUGGUUGGAUACUGCAUCGAGGGAGAUCAAAGACUCUUGGUUUAUGAGUUCAUGCCAAUGGGAAGCUUGGAAGAUCAUCUUUUUCAUAGAGCUCCUGCCAUGGCCCAGCUUGAGUGGAAUACUCGAAUAAAGAUAGCUCUUGGUGCUGCACAAGGGCUGGCUUACCUCCAUGGCGUUGCAAAUCCACCUGUUAUAUACCGUGACAUGAAAGCAGCUAAUGUCUUACUGGAUAAUGAUUUUAAUCCAAAGCUCUCUGAUUUUGGAUUGGCCAAAAUUGGGCCUGUUGGUGACAACACACAUGUUUCAACAAGAGUAAUGGGCACUUAUGGCUAUUGCGCUCCAGAUUAUGCCAUGAGUGGUAAGUUAACAAUGAAAUCUGACAUAUAUAGCUUUGGUGUUCUUCUUUUGGAGCUUAUAACUGGACGGAAGGCAUUUGACACAUCUAAAGCAGCUGCAGAGCAGAACCUGGUGACAUGGGCGUGGCCUUUUCUCUUUGAGGAAAAACGGUCCAAGAAAUUGGCGGAUCCAUCACUUAGAGGCCGAUAUCCAGAGAAUGCUCUUCGCCAUUUAGUUGUCAUAGCUUCUAUGUGUCUCCAGGAACAGGCCCGUUUCCGACCCAUCAUAGCCGAUGUUGUUUUCGCCAUCAAUUUUCUGGCAACCCAGCCUUACAUUCCAGAAACUUCUAGAAUCAGACGCUCCCCAUCUUCUUCUCCCCUCUGUGAUACCAGAACGCCUUCCAGGUUUCACUGUUAAUUAGAAAUAUGUCGACCUCAAUUUCUUGAGUAGUUAUUUUAUGUGGAUGCCUAACGACGCUUAUAGACCCGAGACCAACCAGAAUGCGCCACGUCAUCAGUACCGAGCCGGGUACGGAACAGGGGUGACGUGGCGCAUUUUGGUUGAUCUUUGGACGACGUUCGGCGUCAGCAUAGAUAAGUUUCUACUUUGGCUUUACUCCUGUGCAUUCUCAUCAAAUAUAUUGAAUUAGAGAAUAACUGGACGCCAUGUUUGUACAGAAGAUAAAAUAUUUACAUGUUUUCAUCAUUGAAGACUAAUCUCUUCUCUCAUGGUGCAAUUGGAGUAUAGAAUC